CAAGAGUGGAUUCAAUCGAUGUCUUCAUCACAAUUGGCGCACAAUCUGAACGACAAGAAGUGGCGGUCGGAGGACAUCAAUGUGACCGAAGAUGACGAGUCGUUCGUGACGUUCAAAUCACUGAAUCUUCGCGAGAAUGUGUUGUCAGGUCUGGAGGCGAACGGAUUCGUGCGGUUGUCUGCCAUCCAAUUGCAUGCCAUACCUCUGGGUCGCUGUGGUCUCGAUCUGAUCCUGCAGUCCAAGUCGGGCACCGGCAAGACCUGUGUGUUUGUGGUGAUAGCGUUGGAACUGUUGGAAGCGUUUGAGUCGAGCGCCAUCCAAGUGCUGGUUGUGUGUCCCACGCGUGAGAUCGCCGUUCAGACCAGUCAUGUGAUCACCUCAUUGGCCGCCCACUCGACGGUCCGGUGCUGUCCAGUGAUCGGCGGCACUAAACUCAAGGAAGACGUGAACCUACUGUCCAAAUGUCAGGCAGUGGUCGGAACCCCCGGAAGAAUCAAACAAUUGAUUGAAUUGAAUGUCUUGAAGACCAAUUCAAUCCGUUUACUCGUUUUGGACGAAUGCGACAAACUUUUGGACCACAACUUCAGACAACAAAUCGACGACAUCUUCGAGUCGUUGCCGCAGAACAAGCAGACGAUAGCCGUCAGCGCAACCAUGACCUCAGAGUUGGCUGACUUUUUGACGCAAUACAUGCGGACUCCGGUCUUCGUGCGACUCAACGCCGACAAUCCGGCCCUCAUUGGCGUCAAGCAGUUCUACACCACCACUGAUUACCAUCACUUGAAUCACAUGAACUUCGACAACAAAAUCGAGCCAUUGAUCGAUAUCCUGAAGAAUGUCUCUUUCUCUCAAUGUCUGGUCUUUUCUAACUAUCAGACGAGGGCUCGUAUGCUUUGUGACAAAUUGAAUGCCUUGGACUGGAAGAGCACAUACAUCAGCGCCGAGAGGUGUCAGUCAGACCGACUCAAAGCCAUCUCCAAACUCCGCAAAUACAAGUGUCGAGUCCUGGUGUCCACUGAUCUGACCGCUCGUGGCAUUGAUGUCCAGAAUAUCAAUUUAGUCAUUAAUAUGGACACACCGUUUGACGCCCAGACAUACCUACACCGAAUCGGUCGCGCCGGUAGAUUUGGCACGCGAGGCAUUGCCAUCACUAUUGCCAGCACUGGUCGUGAGACAGAACUGUUGCAAAAGAUUAUCAAAGACUGCAAACUGAAUGUCGAAGAGCUUAAGAAACCUAUUCCUGAAGACAUUUGGCUAAUGGAUGACUCAACUGAAGAUUUUCCACUCAUUGGAAAUCAUUUGGAUUCUGGAAAGACAACCGAAGAGUUUGGAGAACUCAGUCCACUCGUGAGGCCUACUAUUGUGGACAAUAAUUCAGACAAUUCUUCGCCACAAAUCAAAUCCUUUGACGAUAUCCUUAAAGAAUACAAACUGAUGAAGAAUUCGCGUCUAAAUAAAGACAAUGAAAAGAGUUGUGAACCAAAUAUGAACACAAAUUUAGAGCUGAAAGUAAAGCCAAUAAAUUGUGAUAAUUUAGUCAAUAGUUUUGUGGAUAAAUGUGAUAUCAAUAGUAAAGAACUUUCUAAUCUGAUAACGGAUUCACAUAAAGAAUCGAUUGAUAAAAGUGUGGCUCAAGAGGUGCCCACAAUUGACAAGACUUGCGAUGAACACAAAGAACACAAUUUUAACCAUUUAUUUGAUUGCUUCGAAGGCGACCACAAUUGCCGACAAUUUGUCGAUUCAAAUGACAACGAAUUAAACUGUGAUUAUAUCGAGUCAAUGGAGCCGUCGGUGAAUCUCAUUGAGAAUGGUUUGAAUCGAUGGGCGAAUGCAAUGUUCCCUCCCUUUGCCUCUAUCAGCAAUCCCUUGCAAUACAACCAAUGGAUUGAAAGGAAUAGAUAUUUGUGGUCUUAUAUGUUGAAUCCCUUUCAAGCAUUUCAAUUCACUCUAAAUGACAACCAAAACCACACCAAUCGAUAAAUUUAAUAGAAUUCAAUGUUUCGUAUUUUUAUUCAUUUUCCAUUAGACCUGUAUUAUCACUAUUUUUGAUAUUCUAAUAAAUAUUUAUAUUUUAUUUGUUUGUUAACAA